GCCAACAUGGCCAUGGUAGUUACUGCCACUCAGUACUUGAAGAGUGUUAUUGACAUUUUGAUGGAGUACGAGGAAACACAAGAUAGUACGAAAUGGACGGUAACUCAGACAUUGAUAGUGGGUGGCAGUGCAUUGGUUGGGGCUUUGAUAGGAGGUAGAACAGGAGGAGCAAUGGGAGGAGCAGUAGGAGCUCUGUUAGGAGUAGUUGCUGUACCCGAUUACAAGCCUCUGGUUCAGUGUCUCCAGGAGAUGGACGACGAUCAGAAAGAAGAUAUCGCCAGGAAGAUUAGGACCAGGGUCGGGAAUCCGGCUACCAUGGCCUUGAAGGAGUUUGUGCGAAAUGCGCCUCAAAACAUAGAGUGGAUCAAACAACAAUUUGAAAUUCAGUAAUCUUGACUAGAUGAUUUUUCACUGU